GUUUGGGGGAAAAAAAAGGUCUGAUCUACGCCCCUUUGGCACAAAAAUAUAAACUAGCGAGUAAAAGAGUAUGAACCGAUGGAAGCCGUUAGCAGUAUAAAUGGUGCCGUGGGCGUAGUGCGCACACCAUCCCCAACCUCUCAAGAGAAGUGAAAAGAUCACUCAUUUUCUGCUCAUCUCUCUGUUAAUCACUAGUUAAAUAAUCCAUCAGGCAUCACCGCAUCAGCUUACUGAGCACCGAGUCAUUCGUUCAUUGACUUCACAAGCUCUCGAAACCAAGAAGAGAAAGGAACACGCCCUUUUCUAGCUACCCCCAGUUCGAAUUUCAACUUCACACACCUGCCUUCUCUAAUGAACCACAAUCCCUGACAGGAUUAUGGAUCCUCCAUUGAUAAAUGAGACCUCCUUCUCUGCAGCUAAUCCAUCUUCCUACACUUUGACCGAGAUUUGGCCUUUUCCCGCAAUUAAUGGACAGGCGGGCGGGGGUGGUGGGUUGGGUCUCCGAAUGGGGAAUUUGGCUGGGGUAGUUGGAGAGCGAGAUGGGUCGGUGGAGGAAUCCACCGUGACGGAGCAGAGCGUUGGCAGAGGUGGUGGGAAUGUGAGGAAGAGGAAGGAUUUGAGCUCAGAAGACGAGUCAUUUAAGAUGGUUUCUACUUCCAGCAGUGGCAACGAAUUGAAUGAUUCAAAUGGUAAGCGGAUGAAAAUAUCAGGAUCCCGGAAUGAGAGCAGCAAUUCAAAAGCUGAAGCAGAACCAAAUUCUGUUGCCAAUAAGAAGCCAUCUGAGCAAAACAGUAACCUAUCCGAGCCACCUAAGCAAGACUAUAUUCAUGUGAGAGCAAGAAGGGGUCAAGCAACUGAUAGUCACAGUCUAGCAGAAAGAGCUAGGAGAGAAAAGAUAAGUGAGAGGAUGAAGAUACUCCAAGAUUUGGUUCCUGGAUGUAAUAAGGUUAUUGGUAAAGCACUUGUUCUUGAUGAGAUAAUUAACUACAUCCAAUCACUACAGUGUCAAGUUGAGUUCCUGUCAAUGAAGCUGGAAGCAGUUAAUUCAAGAAUGAACGUGAACCCUGCAAUUGGAAGCUUCCAUCCAAAAGAUGUUGGUGCACAGCCAUUUGAUGCUUCUGGAAUGAUCUUUGGCCCCCAGGCAGGAAGAGAUUAUGCUCAAGCAUCACAAUCUGAAUGGCUGCAUAUGCAGAUUGGUGGAAAUUUUGAAAGAACAGCAUAAUCAAUCAAGAAGAAUUGUUCUUCUGUUUCUUUACUUGGAGGGAAAUUCAUUAUUAGCUGCUUGCAUGCGGUGCAUAAAUGUGUUGACCCAUACGCAUGUUCAUUAUUGAAGUUUUAAUUUUAUACCAUUUGUAGAAAAUGCAUCUAAUCCUUAUUUGUACCAUCAGGUUAGUAACUCAACAAAAUCACCUAGUGACAAGAUGUUGAAUUGAAGAUGCUUAUAAUGCAAUGGACAAAUUCUGUGUGGUAUGAAAGACAAAUGAGAUCAUUUUACCCUUGGAAAUAAAAAAGCCAAGUGAAAAAAUUGCAAUGCC